UCCCCCGCAACAGCGAAGGUUUUUCCUCCCCCAUCCCGCUGGCGGCGCACUUCUCAGAGCCGACGGUCACUCUCACCACCGGCGACGCUAACGUGCGCACCUCACUCUCUUCUUCUUCCUCUCAACAAUUCUCGAAUGCUUCCAUAGACGAGCUUUAAGGCUCUGUUUGGAUUAGCGUCUUAUUUUGUGGAGUUCGGCGGCCAAUGGUUGUGGAGUUAUUUCCCAUACGGGUUCUUUGAAUUUUUGGUUUUUGAUGAGAGAGAGGUGGAAAUUGAUGGGAUGUGUUUCGGAUUAUUGCUUGAUUGCAUGUUUUCUCAAGCUGGGUUAGCGUUGCACCAUCAAGAUUUGCUGGUAAUUUAUUGAAUGUGGGAUUGAGAAGAUGGAGGGAGACAAUAAGAAGUCUGGUUUUAGGAAAAGAACGAAGCCCAAGGAGGGUGGGUUUGACUCAGAUGAUGACGAGCCUAUUGGAUCUCUGCUGAAGUUGAAGAGAUCACGAAACUCCAUGAAGAAUAAGGUAGGUGUAGAUUUUGGCGGUGAAAGAGACAAGAUGGUUGACAAGAAAGUAGCGAAGUUGCCGGUGCAAGAGGAGGACUUUGGGGGGAUGGAUGAUACUUUAGCAAGUUUCAGAAAGAAGUUGAGGCGUCCUAAGAAGGUUAGCGGGUUCGGAACAUCUAAGGAACAGAGUUCUGGUUUUAGUCGGGCAGAAUCAUCAGAUCCGAUAUCGAACGCAUGCAGAGGACGAGGGGAUUUAGACUUGAGUUUUAGACCAGAAAAUAGUGAAUCAAUGGGCCGUGAAGGGUCUGAUCCAUCUUCAAAGAUUGAUGCAGAAACGGUGUGUGAAACACCUGAUUUUGAAUUAAAACACAUGGAGACAGGUACCUCUAGGAGGAGAAGUUCUAAUUGCUCUUUUGACGAACAGUUGGAUGAUUCAUUGUCAGCAUUUGCCCAAAAGAUUCAAUCUGGUUCAACUGGGAAAUCAUUGGUAUCGACAACAUGUAAACCGGAAUGCAAGGCUGAGACUUCAGAAGAUAAAUUGAGUAACUUUUCUAGAGUUUUAUCUGGGGAUCAAGAAACCUACCCUGUAGUGAGUUCUAGUUCUUCUGCUAAGUUGGAUCAGGUUGUCAAAAAAUCAGAUUCUGAACUUACUAGGCCAUAUUUAAUAUCCUGUUCCUGUUACGGUAGAGAAAAUCGUAAUCCUGGUCUAGGACAAUGCCAAGGGGUUGAAGGAGACCGAGAAGAAAUUCAAUGCGGUGUAAAUAAUUAUGAUAAUGCUGACAUCAAACCAUGCAUACCAAACGUAGUUGCUGAUGAAGAUGGCAAAAACUUUAGUCAUAUUCAAUUUGGGGACAAUUUCCAGUCGCUGGAAAGGAAGGUCUCCUGUGAAACCAAGAAUGGACUAAAACAUUGUUCAUGUGGCGAUACGAUGGGGCUAGGUAAAAGUCAUCUUAAUGAAAAUAUGCACAAUUCUUGUCAUGCCCUAGAACAGGCAAAUGAAAACAAUGGCCUUUGUGGGGGUGUUUCCAAUGGAGAUUUUUGUGACGUGAUGGCCCAUGAGUCCACAGUCGCUUUGUCUAAAACAACUUCAGGUGUAGAUUGCGAAGGAAAAGACAGAUCACUUGAUAUACAUUAUGAUGAAUUGCCUAACUCCGCCAAUGUUUGUGAAAGUUAUUCCAAAGGAUUCUGUAAAUCUACUAAAAAAUUAAAGAUUUCUAAUCCUUCUUCCGAAGGAACUACACUCUCCAAUCUUGAAUUGUUGGCAGCCUUCGAGUCGAUGAAAGCGGAUAAAACUUGCUGUGACUCUGGUAAUUUAGAUACUGGUACUGACGAGCGGAAUACUAAAGUUGGUUCUGUGCAGAAUGAAAAUGCUCUGAUCUCUCAUAGGAUUUCAGAUUCAACUGCUGUCUGCCCAGUUGGGAAUUGCAGUAUGAUAUCAGAUGGUCAACCAGCCAAGGCUUCUGUAGAGGUAGAUGGUCCAAAUAAUAAUAUACCUGCUGAUAAAGAUGUCAAGGUAUCUUCUCCUGGGUCUUUGACUCCAGAUGAUAAUGACAUUGAGGAUGUAAUAUCAGCUCCUGGAAGUGAAAAAGAUUUAAAGCUUUCAGCUUUGCAACGUGUUGUGCGCAAGACAAAGAAGCCUAGACGUGAUGACAUGGCUUAUGAAGGAGAUAUUGAUUGGGAGGUUUUGCUUAAUGAGCGUGCAGUUGAUAGUGACUAUUCUUUUAGAUCAAGAAGGGAUUCUACAUCAACAACUUUUACGGAGGCGGAAACCGGGGGUAGAGCUGCUGUGUCUGCAGGGCUUAAGGCUCAUGCAGUUAGCCUACUUGAGAAGAUUAAAUUUAAGGAAGUGCUUAAGAGAAAAGGUGGGCUUCAAGAGUACUUAGCGUGCAGGAAUCAGAUCCUGGGCCUUUGGUGUAAAGAUGUUACUCGCAUUUUACAUCUCGUUGACUGUGGGAUCACUGAUACUCCCUCUGUGGAUGAACCAACACAUUUUUCCCUUAUUAGGGAGAUCUAUGCGUUUCUUAAUCUUCGUGGUUAUAUAAAUGCGGGAAUUGCUUCUGAAAAAGCCAAAUCAGAAUCUGGCUUCAAGUAUGAUUGUGAACGGGGAGAAAAGAAAGUUGGAGACAUUAGUGUUGCUUCAGCUGCUGAUUCUGAGGAAGGCAUUUCUGCCAUGGUUAAAAAUUCUGAUGCUUCUAAUGCCAAGAACAGUGUUUCAGCUGGCUGUGAACUACCAGAAGACACUGAAGGAAGAGACCUUGUGACUGCAAAUAAUCUGGAGUUGCAAAAAUUUGCGGAACACGAACAAGAAUUGGUACAUGACUUGGAGUAUGGUACUCAUGAUCCUUCACCGGGAAAAUUGGUAGGUAUUGAUGUUCCAGGUGAAGCUGCCGCCCAUUUAGCUCAUCAUUCAAGUAAUGGUUGGCACCCAAUUGGCUCCUCUAAUGAGUGUGUAGGGGGUGAUGAACAACAGCAGAGUAAUUCAGAAGUCAGAAAAAAGGUAAUUGUUAUUGGAGCUGGCCCUGCUGGCUUGACUGCUGCCAAGCACUUGCAUCGUCAGGGCUUUACUGUCAACGUACUUGAAGCCAGGAAUAGAUUAGGAGGUCGUGUUUAUACAGAUCGCUCCUCUCUUUCGGUUCCUGUAGAUCUUGGUGCAAGUAUUAUUACAGGAGUAGAGGCUGAUGUUGCAACUGAAAGAAGACCUGAUCCUUCUUCAUUGAUUUGCACUCAAUUGGGCCUUGAGUUGACUGUGUUAAAUAGUGACUGUCCUCUCUAUGAUAUCGUUACAUGCAAAAAAGUUCCGGUAGACAUUGAUGAAGCUUUGGAAGCAGAAUAUAAUAGUCUUCUUGAUGACAUGGUGUUGCUUGUUGCACAAAGAGGGGAGCAUGCAAUGACCAUGUCUCUUGAGGAGGGUUUAGAAUAUGCCCUUAAGCGACGACGCAUGGCUCGAUUGGGAAUGGAUGUUCGUUCUGAGGAAGAAGUUUUGAGUCCCUUUGAGAGGCGAGUUAUGAACUGGCAUUUGGCUAACUUGGAGUAUGGUUGUGCUGCUAUGCUGAAGAAAGUAUCGCUUCCUCAUUGGAACCAGGAUGAUCUUUAUGGAGGUUUUGGAGGAGCUCAUUGUAUGAUCAAAGGGGGUUAUAGCACUGUUGUUGAGUCUCUUGGUGGAGGACUCAAUAUUCACCUAAACCAUGUUGUGGCCGAUAUUUCUUACAGCACCACUGAUAUUGGGUCGAAUGUAAAACAAUGUGCGAAGGUAAAAGUUUCCACAACCAAUGGAUGUGAGUUUCUUGGAGAUGCUGUCCUUAUUACUGUGCCUCUUGGGUGUUUGAAAGCAGAAUCUAUUAAGUUUUCCCCACCAUUGCCUGAAUGGAAGCGUCUGUCCAUCCAGCGCCUUGGUUUUGGAGUUCUGAACAAAAUUGUUCUUGAAUUUCCAGAAGUUUUCUGGGAUGACUCUGUGGAUUAUUUUGGGGCAACUGCAGAGGAAACAAAGUGGAGGGGGCAGUGUUUCAUGUUUUGGAAUGUAAGAAAAACAGUUGGUGCUCCCGUUCUCAUUGCGCUAGUGGUUGGUCAGGCGGCUGUGGAGAGGCAAUACAUGAGCUCUUCCGAUAACAUAAGCCAUGCAUUAAUGGUUCUUCGCAAACUUUUUGGAGAAGCUGUGGUGCCUGACCCAGUUGCAUCUGUGGUAACUGAUUGGGGAAGAGAUCCGUUUAGUUAUGGUGCUUACUCCUAUGUUGCUGUUGGUGCGUCUGGAGAGGACUAUGACAUUUUAGCCAGGCCUGUUGAAAACUGUUUGUUUUUUGCUGGUGAAGCUACAUGCAAGGAGCAUCCUGACACUGUUGGGGGUGCAAUGAUGAGUGGUCUAAGAGAGGCUGUACGCAUGAUUGAUGUAUUGAGCACUGGUUAUGAUUAUACAGCAGAAGUAGAGGCAAUGGAAGCUGCUCAGAGGCAGUCUGAGUGUGAGAAUGAUGAGGUUGGGGACGUAAUUACACGACUCGAUGAUGUUAAGAUCUCUGAUGCUCUCUACAAAAAUUCUAUGGAUUGUGCCAAAGAAGCCUUACUUCAAGACUUGUUUUCUAGUGCGAAAACGACUGCAGGGAGAUUGCAUGUCGCAAAAGAGUUGUUGAAACUCCCUGUUGAGACAUUGAAGUCCUUCGCAGGGACCAAAGAAGGUCUUACAGUUCUCAACUCAUGGAUUCUGGACUCAAUGGGGAAGGAUGGGACUCAACUUCUUCGGCAGUGUGUUCGUAUUCUUGUGCUAGUUUCAACUGAUCUACUUGCAGUUCGCUUAUCAGGCAUAGGUAAAACGGUCAAAGAAAAGGUAUGUGUGCAUACAAGCCGUGACAUUCGCGCCAUUGCGAGUCAGUUGGUUAGCAUUUGGCUUGAAGUUUUCCGUAAAGAAAAAGCUGCUCAUGGGGGGUUAAAACUCUCAAAGUCGGUUUCUACUGUAGAAUCAUUGAAGAGGAAAUCUAAUAAAGAUUCUUCUGGGAGACCUCCUUUGCAUGCAAACAACAGUACACUGGAUAGUAGAGGCAAUUUGCAGACUUCUACAAUUCACUUGCCUUCUGAUGUCAAUACGAAAAAUGAUAAUAGCAAACAAUUGAAAUUAGAAAUGGAAAAUUCAUCAAAAUCAGAUAUCAGUUCAUCAAGGUCAAGGGGUUCAUUAGGAAAGCAGGAUGCAGAAAUGGAAGACAACAACAUUGCUAUGACAGAAGAAGAGGAGGCUGCCUUUGCUGUUGCUGAGGCAGCACGUGCAGCAGCACUUGCAGCUGCGAAGGCGUAUGCAUCUUCUGAAGCUAAGUGUGCAUUGCAGCUCCCUAAAAUCCCUUCCUUUCACAAAUUUGCUCGAAAGGAGCAUUGCGCACAAAUGGAUGAGUGCGAGUCUAAAAGGAAAUUGUCUGGCAGUGUGCUAGGAAGACAGGAUUGUAUAUCAGAAAUAGAUUCAAGGAAUUGCAGGGUCAGGAACUGGUCUGUGGAAUUUUCUGCUGCUUGUGUUAAUCUUGAAAGUUCACGGAUGUCUGCAGAUAACCUUUCGCAAAGGAGCCAUUCAAAUGAGAUUGUUAGCCAAUUAAACUUCAGGGAGCACUCCGGUGAAAGUGCCCCUGUGGAUAGCAGUAUAUACACGAAAGCAUGGGUUGAUACAGCUGGCAGUGUUGGAAUGAAAGAUUAUCAUGCAAUUGAAAGAUGGCGGUCUCAAGCAGCUGCAGCUCAUGUAAACGACGAGGAGGAUUCAAACACUGCUGGGAAUAAACCCACUUGGAAUAGUGAUCAAUUAGCGAAUGAAAGCUCGAUAUCACAAGUGACGAUCAACAAGGAGCCUUUAAGAAACCAUCAUCGUGGGGCUGACAGAAUUAAGCAGGCCGUAGUUGAUUAUGUUGCAUCUCUCUUGAUGCCCCUUUACAAAGCAAGGAAAAUUGACAAGGAUGGAUACAAGACAAUUAUGAAGAAAAGUGCAACCAAGGUCAUGGAACAGGCUACUGAUGCAGAGAAAGGCAUGACUGUUUCUGAGUUUCUUGAUUUCAAACGUAGGAACAAGAUUCGUGCUUUUGUUGAUAAAUUAAUAGAGAGGCAUAUGGCUACGAAGCCAGUAAUGGACUCAUGACAGUCCGAGGAUUUGUCGUUAUUUUCUUGGUCAAUAACGAAGGCGUGAUAGUCCCAACGAUCAACUGGCUUUCUUGACGAGCUUCUCAAGAGGACACGCUUACGAGUUAUUCAUUUUAUUCUGGGAAGACUCCAAGGUAUAUUUUGGCAUGAAAGCUUCUCAUAACUUGACGCCUGAUUUACAUUUCCAGUGCGCCUUAAUUUCUGAAGCUGCAAUUGAGAAGUAUGACAUUUCUGCUUGUGUAAUCAUGAUGUGGAGUUUCCAUGAUCUACCAAGAUUUUGAUUGUGCGAUCGAAUAUGAUUAUAACUUGCACGUGGGGUUUAAAUGUGAUUAUGAUUGGCAUCGAACGACAGCCUGAUUCUGUAUAAUUCUUUUAGCAUGGCUUAAUUUUAUGUCGUUCUUCGGGCCCACUCCAGGUGUCUUUUUCUUGCUCAUUUCGGUUAUAUGAGCGCCUGUUGAAGAAAACAUCACAUUGUACUAUAAAGGUGCAAGAUCAAGCCCUUCAGUUUUUAGCGAUGGACCUUAGGUUAUGCUUCAUUUUCUUUUCUUCCUUUCCCCUCUCCACAUGUACAGCUUAGAAUUAUUUCAUUGACAACAAUCACAGUAAUUUUCAUUUAUUCACCAAAAUUUCGCUCGAAUAUUGUAAUUUACCUGUCGUUUUUUUUCCAUAGAUUAACUAAAGAAGCCUUCAUGGCCAUUUUUCGUUUCUAA